AUGGCCUCCGACGACUAUGUCCUGUCGAGAGGCGGUGGCGGCGCGCUCAAGCUCAAAGGCGGCAAGAUUGACAAGAAGAAGAAGAAGCAGAAGCGCGCCCGCAGCAAGACGGAUCUAGAGAAGAACCUGUCCGCCGGCGACGCAGCGCCCCCAAAGGAACUCAUCAAGGGAAGGCGCGGCGGAAGCGAAGAGGCCGAUGGGAGAAGUGAGGAGGAUGAUGCGACGCCGGCGCAAAAGACGGAGUCGGAGAGACAGCACGAAGAGGCCAAGAAGAAGAGACUACUCAAAAUGGCCGAAAGGUCAGGCUCGCGGCCCGAGCUGCUCAAGACGCACAAGGAGCGCGUCGAGGAGCUCAACACCUACUUGUCCAAGCUCAGCGAGCAUCACGAUAUGCCCAAGAUUGGACCUGGUUAG